GGUGAGAUGUGAAGGAGAUGGGUGUGGCGCAGUGAAGAUGGCGCGGCUGGCGGCGCUCGGCGUGCUGGCCCUGCUCACGGCCGCGGCGGCGCACGGCACUCGCCACGACACAGAGGACUCGGUGGACUUUGUUCCAGUGGCGACGAUGGACGUGGACGCGGUGGUGGGGCGGCGCGCGACGCUGCCGUGCGACAUCGAGCCGCACACGCACGACGACCGCGUCUACAUGGUGCUGUGGUUCCGUCACGCGGGGGGCAAGCCGCUAUACAGUUUCGAUGUGCGCGGGCGCAGCUUCAGCAAGGCUCUGCACUGGUCGGACCCGCUGGCGUUCGGCCGGCGAGCGCACUUCGCGACGCUGGCCACGCCCUCCGCGCUCACCGUUGACGCCGUCCAAUUGGACGACGAGGGGGUGUACCGCUGCCGAGUGGACUUCAAGAACUCCCCCACGAGGAAUUUUCAGAUACGACUUAAUGUUGUUGUCCCGCCGCACCAGCUGCUGCUGUACGACGCUGCAGGCCGCGACGUCGCGGGGGUCAUCGGCCCCCUGGAGGAGGGGGGGAACUUCACCCUGCUGUGCGAGCUGCGGGGGGGGCGCCCGCAACCGACUCUCUCCUGGCUCAUCAACAACACUCCUCUCGAAGACCACACGAUCCUCAAGAACGACGGGAAGGUGAUCAUCAGCCGGAUCCUCAUCUCCCACGUGGACCGCAGCUGGCUGAACACCAGCGUCCGCUGCCAGGCCACCAACACCCAACUGCUGAGCCCCCACGAGAGGACAGCUAGAGUCGAGAUGAACCUGAAGCCCACGUCAGUCCAAAUCGUGGAAAAGCCGGGCCAGCUGCCGGCGAACGUGGAGAUCACGCUGGUAUGCGUCGCCCACGGCAGCAGGCCGCCCGCCACCAUCACCUGGUACCGGGAGAACAGACGAUACACCAGGGGGAAGCACAGCGAGUUCACCAACGACACGUCGUCAGUCAGCAAGCUGGUGAUGCUGCCGCAGCCGGAGGACAGCGGCGCCAUCAUCCGCUGCCGAGCUGACAACCCCGUGCUGAGGGUGGCGCUGGAAGACUCCUUCAGGAUGAGCGUUGUAUACAAGCCGGUGCUGACGAUGUCCCUGGGCAGCACGCUCAACCCCAACGACAUCAAGGAGGGCGACGACGUGUACUUUGAGUGCAACAUCCGCGCCAACCCCAAGGAACAUCGCAUCAUGUGGUUCCACAACGACCAGCAAGUAUCCCAGAACAUGUCAUCAGGCGUGUUCAUCAGCACCAAGUCGCUGGUGCUGCAGCGCGUGGGGCGGCGCGAUGGCGGACUGUACGCCUGCCGCGCCGCCAACGCGAUCGGUGAAGCCACCAGCCAACCCGUCUUCUUGAGGGUGCAGUACGCCCCGGUAUGCGCGCAGCCGUCGCCGCAGGUGGUGGGCGCGCGGCUGGACGAGGCGCUGCGGGUGCGGUGCGCGGUGUCCGCCGACCCCGCCGAUGUCACCUUCGUGUGGCAGUUCAACAACAGCGGCGAGAGCUUUCAGGUCUCACCGGCCAGAUACGUAUCAGCGGGCGGGACCACGUCGGAGCUGCGUUACCGCGCCGCCAGCGAGCGCGACUACGGCGCGCUGCUGUGUCGCGCCACCAACGUCGUCGGCGCGCAGGACCGCCCGUGCGUGCUGCAGGUCGUGCCCGCAGCCCGACCGUCACCCCCUCGCAACUGCACGGCGCGGCUGGCGGCGUCGCUGGCGGCGUCGCUGGCGGUGCGAUGCGAGGCGGGCUACGACGGCGGACUGGAACAGCACUUCACGCUCGAGACGGACGACGGCGUCCUGCUGGGAAAUACUACUGCUGGACCUGAUCACGUCGUCUGGUUCAACGUGUCGUACCCCGAGCUGGCUGGUGGUGGUGGUGUGCGGCUGGCGGUGACGGCGCGCAACACCAAGGGCGGCUCCGAGCCCGUCCUGCUGAGGGACGUGGGCCUGAAGGACGCUGCCAAACAUAUCGAGGACACGCGGCUCGGGCGGUUCCCAGCGCCGGCGGCCAUCGCGGUUCUGGCGGCGUUGCUGACGGCGGUCGCUGCCAUCACUGCCGUGGUGCUGAGACGGCGUCACGAGGCCAGGUCGAGCAGCAAGCGGCCGUCGCAGAGCGUGGUGCAGGUGGACGCGCACGGCCGCCGCUUCCUCAUCGCCUACCCCGCGCCAGACAAGCAGGAGACCAAGCCUGACAUACUCAACCCCAAGAAUGAGGGUGACCCGCCCCGCGUGGUGCUGGAGUCGAGCGACAACAAGACCUACGUCAUCCGGGAGCCGCGCCCCACACACACACCCGAUGAGGAUAUGAUGCCGCAGAGAUAACAGGAGGCGGGCAGACAGGUCCUGGUGUAAAUACCGCGUGUACAUUCGACGAUUGCCAAUUUGUACUCUAGUAUAAUACUCGGCCGUAGCCAACUUCACGAUGGAAUAAAAUAUGUAAGCAUUAGGCUGGACACACGUUUCCGUAUUCGAUUCCCUAAUGUGGAUUGCGAUUUGUAAUUCCGUGAGCUAGCGCGAACGUUCGUUUUUGUUCUCUCGCAAACGUACCGACUUGCACUCGAAAAGUACGCGCGGAAUUCGUACGGUUGGAAAAAAGCGAACGUGUGUGUUAGUUAAUGUAUUUUCGACUGAUUCCAUGUAAUCGGUUUUGCGUCAUACGGAAAACGAAUUAGGAAAUCGUGUGUAUA